AUGGCUAACCGUCGAUAUUCAACGGUUCAAUACAAUGCUAUCACACAACAACCGGAAAAGACAUCAACAUCAUCUACUCGGGAAACUCUCAUUUCCAGUCGCGCUUUAUCACCACAAUCACAUGCUAACACCGCCAAGAAACAUUUCUUCUUCUCCACUAGUAACAUUCGUUUCUGGACUACUGGACGAUCCGGAAAGAAGACAUCUCGAGGAAAAUUAUCAAAUUCUGCUGCUGAUAUUGUUAAUCAUGGUGAUCAAUUGAGUUAUGUUAAAGAGGAACGGAAUAUAUUACGUAGGCUCAUUCCUUCAGUCAUCGAUGUAACUUUUGUCAUCAGCAAUGCAAGAAGUAUUGCAUAUUAUUUCUAA